AUGUGUAUGCGUGGGAGGGAGAGAGACAGCUCCAAUCCAUUUACAGCCAUGUAUAGUGUUAAGAGAUCGAGUAUAUCUUGGAUUAGAUAUCUAGACUUAAGCAAGCAAAUAUCUCUUCUAAUCAUGGAUGAUGACGAGGACCCUGUUGUGACUUGCCCUUCAGUUUCUUUGCAGGUUCUCCACCAUAUCCAACCCAGCUUUCAUUUCAUGCAAAACUGUUUCAAUCUUUCUCCAGAGGAAACUAUCCAAUUACUGCACCAUCUCAAUUCAUGUAUGACCAAAAUUGCAGAAGAGAAAGCUGCAAGGGAACGGGAGUUUUUAUCCCCAAGUCUUCACAGCCAAGAAGGAAACACAGACAAGGAAGAUACAGCCAAAAGUCCUAUAACAGGCAGCAUGAUAAUACAAGAGUGGUUUCUCAAGUAUCGUACAACAAUUGUUUCCAGUCAAAGAAAGGCUAAUUUAAGGCUAUACAUGUAUGCUUCUGAAGUGCAUGAUUCGAUAAUUUCUACUACUAAUCUUAUUGCCAACAAGGGCUUGAAGCAAGAUGUAUGA